AUGUUACGAAAUUUGCUUGUUUUACAAAUUCUAAUAGCUGUCUUCAUUGGCGUUACUGCGGAGGAUAGUAUUAUAGACGAGAUAACUGAAAAGCCUCCUAUGCAACCGGAAGUCAAUCCGACUGAAGGUCAGGUCAACCCGCUGGAAGAUGGCAUCCGAUCUUACGAGCUCCGAGCUGGUGCCGCAGAGAAAUCCGAGCAGCAGGGGAUACUGCCUGAAGAGGAGGUGGAAAAAAUGUACGAAGACGUAAUACCUCCUCUGGGCGCUAUCAUCGAACUGCUGAAAGAACCGACCAACGUUUACAAAUUCAUCGAAGCCAAAGGCAUAGAACGAGUCAUCCUUCCCCACUUGCACGUCUUCAAUACAGAUUUACGGAUGCAGUUACUAUCUUUGACCAUGUUACUGUUCAACACAGCUCCUACAACCACGACUGUCAUGGCCCCCGUAGGGCUUCUCGACAAGCUCCUAGAUAUAUUCGAAGAAGACGAUAAUCUAGCGAUAAAAGCCAGAGUCGUCGAUAUUUUAUACGUCUGGUUACCAGAUAACCCUAAGAUCCAGGCUCGAGUGAUGAAGCUUAAAGGCCUCGAACCGUUUUACGAUCAGGUCCACAAACUAGACGCAGGAGUGAUACACACGCUUCUGAAAUUGUUCAAUAAGAUAUUAAAAGAACAUUUGAAAGCGAGAAAUGAGUAUCAACAGAAAACCAAAAGCGACUUGGUGAAUUUGAAUAUGUAUAAGAAGAUUGGUUUGAUCGAAAGGGUGUCGAGUAAAAACGUGUGUCAUGGCUUACUGAACAUUUUUCAGGCAAUCUGGGCUUACAGCUAUAACAACAUGGAGUUCAUGAUGCCCGUUUUCGAGAUUUUGAAAAAUGUAGAGCCGUAUUGCUUGGGGUAUUAUAGAGGAAAGGCAAAGGCCUUAGAACUCUUUCAAGGGCUGUUACAGCAUAUGAAACAGAUUGGGGACGACACGAAGAAUAUCUACGAGAAUUUAGGCCUCAAUACUACGGAAUUGGCCGUCGUUUUAAACAGUUAUGUUGAUAAAUUGACGAUCAAAUUGAAAGAUGAGUUUUAG